AAACAAAAUUAAAACGAUUUCUUUUGAUUUAUACGGACAAUAGAUGCAAAUAAACGCUAUUUAUCGUUGCCGCUUUUCCCGUCAGGGAGAAAUAAACCGCUUGAGUUAUUAUGGCUUUAACGCUUUUUAAGGCGCGUUAACUUAAAAUGUGCUGUCACGUGUGCGUUUAUCAACGGCUCAGACGUUCAAAAGUUUAAACCGUUUCGUUUGAUUUGAAUUGACAAUCACUGCAAAUAAAUAAACGUUAUUAGUUUAUCGCCGCUGUUCCCGUCAUGAGGAGAAAUAAGCCGCUUGAGUAAUAUGGCUCUUAACGCGCUUUAUUUUAGACACAGUUUAUUUUAUUAACCGUUAAAGUAAAUGAAUAUAAAUCGGAUGAAUAACAAGCAGCAGCGGUUUGCUGGAUGGGAGGAGGCGCGCGCCUGUGAGGAACAGAGAGCGCGAAAAUGAGCAGAGAUCAGGACUGUUGAGAUGCGUGUGAAGCUCCUGCUGAAUGACAAAGUGCUAAAAUAUGGAUCUAAAUUUGAGCUGGUUAAUGAAGCCGUCCAGGCAUUGAAAGUGAGUGACACAUUCCCCUGCAGCAGAUGAGAAUCCUUAUUACUGGCCAUCUCUGCACUGUAAAAGAUUCAUCUGAGCUUCAUGGGCCUCGAGCAACGGUGCCCAGAGAAGCUGCAUAAUGCCUCUUCUCGACGUAACGGAAGACAACGACUCUAUUGCCUCCCCAACCCUGAAUUCAUCUCCAUCUCUUUCCUCCAUGGCAUUUUCCUCCCUCCCUCCAUCCCUGUCCUCGUUUCUCCCGCAGUCAAACUGCUCCGUGGCUCCAUCUCCCUCCUCACCGCCGUAUAACUUCUACGCUGUGUUAUUGGUGUUGCUGAUUUUUUGCGUGGUGUUCGGUAACGUGUUGGUGUGUGUGGCCGUGUCACGAGAGAAAGCGUUGCAGACCACCACCAAUUACCUCAUUGUGUCUCUGGCCGUGUCGGACUUGCUCUUGGCCACACUGGUGAUGCCCUGGGGCGUCUAUCUGGAGGUUGUGGGUGAAUGGAGAUUCAGUCGGAUCCACUGUGACAUUCUGCUCACGCUGGAUGUCAUGAUGUGCACCGCCAGCAUCCUCAACUUAUGUGCCAUCAGCAUCGAUAGGUACACGGCUGUGGCCAUGCCGUUACUGUACAACACACGCUACAGCUCCAGAAGACGGGUCGCUCUGAUGAUCGCUGUCGUCUGGUUCCUGUCAUUUGCCAUUUCUUGCCCGCUGUUGUUUGGCCUCAACAACACAGCCAGUCAAGAAGGGAGGGACUGCAGCUUUGCCGACCCUGCUUUCGUGGUCUACUCCUCUGUUGCUUCCUUUUACGUGCCCUUCAUUGUGACCCUGAUGGUGUAUGUGCAGAUCUGCGUGGUCCUGCGCAGACGGGGCAGACGCACCGCACCUUCACGCAGACACGGCCUCCAUCCAGAGCCCAGAGAUGGACAGAGAUCUCGCAAGAAUAAGUGUACUCAUCCUGAAGAUGUGAAAUUGUGUACUUUAAUAGUAAAGCCUCCUCCAGCCGCUCCACAACGCAAGAAAGUGACGCUGGUGAAAGAGGCCGUGGUCCAUCCUCUGGACGUGGAACCCAUGUGUUUUCUGAAUCAGGACAGAGAGCAGCCUCCACAGCAAUCGCAGCAGCCUGGACAUGCUAAAAUCUCCCUGUCGGUGUCUGUUGCGCCCAGUCCCGUGCGGCCCUGCUCCACGCUCUCGGCCCCUGGACUGCGCAGGGUCGCCCUUCAGGAAAGCAUGAACGGCCUCCAUGGAUGGAGGGAGAGAAACGCAGACAGAGAGAAAGGAGCUGCGGCGAAGGAGAGAGUGAGAGGAAGACUGUCGCAGCAGAAGGAAAGAAAGGCGACACAGAUGCUCGCCAUCGUUUUAGGUGUCUUCAUAAUAUGCUGGCUUCCUUUCUUCCUGACGCACGUGCUGAAAGCUCACUGCGGCAGCUGCUGCAUCUCACCGUCGCUCUACAGCGCUGUCACAUGGCUGGGUUACCUCAAUAGCGCCGUCAACCCCGUCAUCUACACCACCUUCAACAUCGAGUUCCGCAAGGCCUUCAUUAAAAUCCUGCACUGCUGACAAGAACCAAAAGCACACGACAACAGGGGAAUUUACUGAACAAAAGAAGCUUGUGACAGACAAGGGAAACAUUUGAAGCUCAGUAUGUAAAGAUAACACAGAUCAAGAAACACAGUGACAGCUAAGAAAAGACGAGCCAUUUGAAAAGGCGAAGAGUCUUUGUUUGUGGAACUGAUUCUCUGAAACUGUUGCAAUCGGCAGAAGAUGUGUCUUGAUAGCACUAUAUCAUACAAAAGUUAACAUUUUGUCAUCAUUUGCAUAUUAUUUUAUUUCUUCUGUGAAACACAAACAAAGAUGUUGUGCUCGAUGGGGAUACGCUGACAUCACGCCAUGAUUUUUUUAAUUGAAUACGAUCAUGCAAUCCAUGGAGGCAAAUUAUUGGGUCUGUUCCUCAAACAAAGGAUUUCAGAAGACCUGAGAAAUAAGACAUGAUACAGACUCUUUUAGGAUAAAUUAAUGUUGUUUUGUGUCCUUUUUGGCAGUACAUAUCACUGUCCACUUCUAUUAUAUCAAAAACAGAAGCUCAUAUAUUCUCCUAAACAUCUCCAUUUGAAGAAAGUAUUCAAAUGGUUCAAGUCUUUCCUUUCCAAUGGAAGAUUUUUCAGUUAGUUUAGGUGCUCAUUCAUCCUCACCUCUUCUGUGCCGUACCCCAGGGAUCGAUUCUGGUACCACUUCUAUUCUCAUUAUACAUAGGAUCAAUUGUGAGUAGAUUUGGUGUGUCCUACCACUGCUACGUGGAUGACACCCAACUCUACACACCUAUAAAACAUAAAGAUAACUCUGUGCACAAGAGAUUAGAGGCAUGUCUUGAUGAACGUAAACUGUGGCUCACAAAUAAUUUUAUGUUACUGAAUGACGAUAAAACCCAAAUUAAGCAAUUUUGUCCAAAUAAAGUCUCUAACGGAAAUUAUAUAUCGAUUUAGGCACCCUUACCCCAUACCUUACCACCAACGUAAAAAAUUUAGGACAGUAGUCUUAAACUAGACAAACAAAUCAAUAGCAUAGUUAGCGCCAGCUUUUACCACCUACGUUGGUUGGCUAAAUUCAAACCACUUUGACAGCUUUGAAAUAGUUAUUCACACUUUUAUUUCCACACGACUCGACUACUCUAACUCGUUAUAUAUCUGGCUACUUCUCUCCUCAAUCUCCAAAUCUCCCAAUUCUACACUCUCUACACUGGUUGCCUGUCUGAUACUGAAUUGAUUUGAACAUUUUAGUAUUUAUUUAUAAAGCUCUCUGCAAUCAAUCCCCCAAAUACCUCUCUGACUUAACUGUCACUGACAACACUUCUAGAUCACUUAGAUCAAGCAAAUGAUGACAGAAUGUUGAUUUAUGGAUGAAAUAUCCCUUUAAAUAAUGUUUUUAUCCAUGGAGUAGGUAAAUGAUGCUGAAAAUGAACACAAAAUGCACAAUUUAAAGCUACAGUUCAUUGGAUUUCAAAUGAUACUGAGAUAAUGUCAGUUUGUUUUAAACUCCAACCAGUUUAAUCAUUGUUAAAUAUUUAAACAUGUUUUGAAAUUAAAUAUUUCAGUGGAAUCUGAGCUGAUGCUAAUGUAAAAUAUGCUAAUGCUCACUAAUGCACCUACUCCAGAAGAAAUAAACACAUUUUGCAUUUUGUAUCUAUGAGAAUGUGCGAUCUAACAUAACAUCAUGCAGAAGAUCUGAAUCUGUAUUGUAUGCUGUAAAUAACAUGAUAUAAAUAUACAAUA